CUCCUCCAGUAGGGGCUUUUGACUCCCGGCCUUUGCGCCACCGCCGCCGCCCCGGCCGUGUGUCCCCGCUGCCCCAAGCUGCCUCACAGUGAAGAGCCUGAAGUACCAGGCCAGGCCCACAGGCAUCUGCUGCGUGUCCCGCUCCAGGCUCAGUGCCCCCGCCGCUGCCUGCGCUGCCUCGAUGUUCCAGCUGCCCAUCUUGAAUUUCAGUCCCCAGCAAGUGGCCGGGGUAUGCGAGACCCUAGAGGAGAGCGGCGACGUGGAGCGCCUGGGUCGCUUCCUCUGGUCGCUGCCCGUGGCCCCUGCGGCCUGCGAGGCCCUCAACAAGAAUGAGUCGGUGCUGCGCGCUCGAGCCAUCGUGGCCUUUCACGGUGGCAACUACCGUGAGCUCUACCAUAUCCUGGAAAACCACAAGUUCACCAAGGAGUCGCACGCCAAGCUGCAGGCGCUGUGGCUUGAAGCACACUACCAGGAGGCUGAGAAGCUUCGCGGACGGCCGCUGGGGCCGGUGGACAAGUACCGCGUAAGGAAGAAGUUCCCGCUGCCGCGCACCAUUUGGGACGGCGAACAGAAGACACACUGCUUCAAGGAACGCACGCGGCACCUGCUACGGGAGUGGUACCUGCAGGACCCAUAUCCUAACCCCAGCAAAAAGCGUGAGCUCGCCCAGGCAACCGGACUGACCCCCACGCAGGUGGGCAACUGGUUCAAAAACCGCCGACAAAGGGACCGGGCGGCCGCAGCCAAGAACAGACUCCAGCAGCAGGUCCUGUCGCAGGGCUCCGGGCGGGCGCUACGGGCGGACGGCGAGGGCACGCCCGAGGUGCUGGGCGUCGCCGCCAGCCCGGCCGCCAGUCUAUCCAGCAAGGCAGCCACUUCGGCCAUCUCCAUCACGUCCAGCGACAGCGAGUGCGACAUCUGAGCUACCCACCCAGCACCUCAGAAACAAAAUCCGGUGUAAAAACGAGAUGAACAAAAUGAAGGAGAGAAAGAGGUUGAGAGACCAGCAAAUACAGAGCCGGCGAAGCCAGGUGGGCAGAGACUUGCGGGUUCAGGUUGCCGUGAGUGUUCCGUGGCCCACCCGGCUCCACUGGCGCCGUUCGGCCGCAACUACAGGGGCCCGCGGUGCGGCCUGACCCAGAGCCACGUUUUCCUCGCUUUGCUUUUUCCUAAGGAUUUUGCUACAAAGACGCCUUUUGGAACCCGAAUUGCACGCUGAGCGCCUACACUGAGUCUCCCAUGGGUAUUUCACGUCGAAAGGACGCUGUUAUAUAUGUAUAACUUUUGCUUUAAAGGUUUUUUUUUUUUAAAUCAUAUAUAUGCUGUUUAUUUACUUAUUUAAGAGACUGCCACGGUAGGUUUCUCUGUAGCUUGGGGAACUUGCUGUUUCUAAAGGCUGGCCCGGAUGCGUUCUGUGCCAAGAAGCCAAACAAUAAACAACCUGGUGGGCAACCGGGCACCCUUUCUUAAUUAA